AUGGAAGAUAUCUUUGAUUUUCCAUCUUCUAAUAAAAAUGGGAAUAAAGAUAAUAAUUUCUUUUUAAGUUUCCCUAAAUUAGAAGAAAUUAGUAAUUUUAAUCAACCAAAUAAAAACGUUAAUUCGAUAAAUGAAGAAAAUCAUACAACUACAACAACUUCUCCAACAACAACAAAAACAACAAACACAACUACAACAACUACAACAACAACCUCACCAAUAACAACAACAACAACAACAACAACAACAACAGAAGAUGAAAAUAAUAAAAAAACUAAUUUAAGUUCGAAGUUAAAAAAAAAUUUGAGAAUGGAACAACAAGAAGCCAACAUGGAUUUCGUAAACUCUCUCAAUCUUUAUAAACUUCAAAAUAGUAUAUUAAAAAGAAAGUUAAAAAAUUUACAAAAAAAAGUUGAAAUGAAAAAAAUGAAAAAUAAAAAAACAACAACUUUAAAUACAGAUAAUAAAAACAAUAAAAAAGAAAAUGGUCAAAAAGAUGAUAAUGAAGAAGAAGAAGAAAAUGAUGAUAAUGAAGAAGAUUAUUUCAACGAAAAUGAAUUCGAAGAUGAAUUUAGUAAAAUUAAUACAUUUUUAGAUAGAAAUGAUUUUAAUAGAAAUAAUGAACAAGAUAAUAAUAAUGAUAAUGUUGGUGAAAAAGAAAAUAAUAAAAAAAAAGAAAGUAAUAUAGAAGAAAUAGCAUUUGAUAAAAAUGAAGAAUUAGAGUUAAUAGAAAAAGUUGAUUUAAUAAUUUAUGAAACAUUAAAGAAAAUCGAACCAUUUCCAAUGUACAUUGUUAAAAAAUCAAAUGGUUUCUUCUUUUUAAAUAAUUUAAUUAAAGGUUAUUCAAAACCUGAUAAAAUUAAAGUUGAUAAGAAAAAGAUUACAAAUUCUGGUAUUAGAUGUGAUAGAAGAUUAAAAUCAAAACGUAUGUUAUCAUAUAUUAACCUUUUAAAAGUCAACAUCAAUGAUUCAAAUGAUAUGAAAAGAAAUGAUUAUUAUUUAAGAGAAUUAGAAAAAAAAACAAAAAAAUAUAGAAAAAUAACUUCAAAACAAAAUGAAAACAAUAAUAAUAAUAAUAAUGAUAAUAAUAAUAAUAAUAAUAAUAAUAAUAAUAAUAAUAAUAAUAAUAAUAAUAAUAAUAAUAAUAAUAAUAAUGAAAUGGAAAUUGAUAAUAAUAAUAAUAAUAAUACUGAAAUGGAUAUUGAAAAUGAUAAUAAUAAAGAAAUUAAAAAAGAAAUUGAAGAACUAAUUAAUGAAAAGAAUGAUAAUAUUAGUAAUAGAUUGUUAUUGGCAAAGAGAUGUUAUAUUUGUAAGGGAAUGUUUAAAACAUUGCAUCAUUUUUAUGAAAGUUUAUGUUUUUCAUGUGGCGAAUUUAAUUAUGAAAAAAGAAUAAACUCUGUUAAAUUGGAGGAAGAGCGUGUUGCAAUUGUUACAGGAUCAAGAAUUAAAAUUGGUUUUGAAACUACAUUAAAAUUAUUAAGAUCUGGUGCAACUGUUAUUGCAACAUCAAGAUUUCCAAAAGAUACAGCGAUUAGAUUCUCUCAAGAAAAGGAUUUUAAUCAAUGGUAUCAUAGAUUAAAUAUCUAUGCUUUAAAUCUUUGUGAUUUAAAAUCAUUAGAAUUAUUUUGUUUUGAAAUUAAAAAAAGAUUUAAAUCAAUUAAUAUCAUCAUUAAUAAUGCUGCUCAAACAAUUAAAAAACCUUUAAAAUUUUAUGAAAUCUUAUUAAAUAUUGAAAAUGAUUCAACAAUUUCAUUACAAAAAGAAACUAUUAAAACCUUAUCACAUUAUCAAGAAAUAAAACCAAAUUAUUUAACAAAUAAUAUAAUAAAUGAAAAUAUUAUUGGUUUAGAAAAUAAUAAUGAUAAUAAUAAUAGUAUUAGUACAAUUGAAUCCUUACCAAAAUUAUCAUUAAUUUCAACAAAUUCAUUUUAUGGUAGUGAAAAAGCAUUAUUAAGUGUUGAUAGUAUUAAUACUAGUGUUAGUGGUGAAAAUAAUAAUAAUAAUAAUAAUAAUAAUAAUAAUAAUAAUAAUAAUAAUAAUAAUAAUAAUAAUAAUAAUAAUAAUAAUAAUAAUGAUGAUGAUGCUGCAUCAUCAUUAAUAGAUUUAAAUAGAUAUGAUCAAUUUGGUCAACCAAUUGAUUUAAGAUCUAAAACAAGUUGGAACCAAAAAUUCAAUGAAAUUCCAUUAAUAGAAUUAAUUGAAACUCAUACUAUCUCAUCAUUUUCACCAUAUAUUAUGUUAACUCAUUUGUUACCUGAAAUGAUAGAAUCUUCAAAAACAUUUGGUAAUGCAUUUGUAAUCAAUGUCAAUGCAAUGGAAGGUAAAUUCAGUAGAUUCUAUAAAUCACCAAAUCAUCCACAUAGUAAUAUGGCAAAAGCAUCUCAAAAUAUGUUUACUCGUACUUCAGCUUCAGAAUUAUCAUUAAGUGAAAUCUAUAUGAACUCUGUUGAUACUGGUUGGGUUACUGAUGAAAAUCCAACAAACAAUGACCAAUUUUGGCAACCACCUAUUGAUGAAAUUGAUGGUGCUGCUCGUAUUUUAGAUCCAAUUUAUUCAGGUUUACAAUCAAAUAACUUUUCAUUUGGUUUAUUCUUUAAAGAUUAUAGUCCAACUGGUUGGUAA